GCGAGGCCCGGCGGGCGGUGGGCGGGGCCGCGGCUCGCGCGGCGGAGAGCGGCGCGCCCCCUCCCCCAGUUCAGAGGGAAGAAAUGAGACUGAAACAUCUGCGCCUCCAGACUAGAUCUUUCCAUGCUUUAACAACAAUAUGUCAAUGCCAAAACUUUAAUAAAACUGGAUGUCUGCUAUUAAAGCUGGAUAAUGAAGUUGACAGAACAGCUCAGAGAACAGCAAAGUCUUGGAAUUUUUAUGCUCUGAAAACUGCAUUCCCUUGGUUGACAAGUCGAUGUGUGCAAGUCAAGAAUUGGCAAUUGCUCCAAGGAUAUGUAUCCACUUCAGGAAGAAGUGUUUAUUAUCAGGGUGGGGAGGGGUUUUUUCCCUCCUGGAGAUGGUUGGGUGUGAUGAUGAUGCAAAACUUCAGGCUCAAUACAGAACAUAUCAAAAAGCGCAGGAACACAUCAUCAAGAUUUUAUGCAGUUGUAUCACCUGGUAAAAUUAUUCCAAAACACAAUAACCAGCCAGUCAAGAGGCCACCAAAGGCACCGAGGACCAAGCAGCCAUCCAGAACGAACCUACCUCUCUCAGACAUGGAGAAUCUGAUGCAGUGCACAGCCUUUGCAACAGCAGAUGAAUAUCAUCUUGGUAAUCUGUGUCAUGACCUGACUUCACAUGGAUAUGUUGAAAUAACAAGUUUGCCUAGAGAUGCUGCAAAUGUUUUGGUGGUCCGUACUGAGAAAUCUGCAAAAGAAUACGAUCCUGGCAUGAUUUUUUUCUUCAGGGAAGGGGCUGUUGUGUUUUGGAAUGUGGAAGAGAAAAGUAUGAAGAAUAUCAUGCGAGUGCUAGAACAGCAUGAAAUUCAGCCAUAUGAAGUUGCACUCGUCCACUGGGAGAAUGAAGAAAUGAACUACAGAAUAGGGGAAGGUCAGUCAAAGCUCCAUAAAGGACAAAUCCUUUUAAAUUCUGAGCUGGAUAGUGAUGAAGUUGUUCUGCAGAAAUUUGCCUUUUCAAAUGCUCUUUGUCUUUCUGUAAAGCUGGCUAUUUGGGAAUCGUUAUUGGAUAACUUUGUGGAAUCUAUCCAGUCAAUUCCUGAGAUUCUAAAGUCACGAAGGAAGGUAAAACUCUCUCAUGCAGAUGUGAUGCAGAAAAUUGGAGAACUCUUUGCACUAAGACACCGUAUAAAUCUGAGCUCAGACCUGCUAAUAACACCUGACUUCUACUGGGACAGAGAAAAACUGGAAGAGCUUUACGACAAGACGUGCCAGUUUCUCAACAUUAAUCGCAGAGUUAAGGUAAUGAAUGAAAAGCUUCAACACUGCAUGGAGCUGACAGAUCUAAUGCGAAAUCACCUGAAUGAAAAGCACGCUCUGCGCCUUGAGUGGAUGAUAGUAAUACUCAUCACCAUAGAGGUUAGUAGCGUUUCUUAUCACUGCCACACUGAACAUGUAAUAACAAGUGCAAUUUAUAUACUUCAUAAUUUGAGAAUUAAGAUUAUUUUAGUAAUGUGAUGUACUGUACAAGGGGAUUAGUCUUCAGUUCUUUGCAAGUAACUUUUCAAAUUGCAGCUACAGUUAUUUUUCAGAUUAUCUGACCUACAGUGUAAACUGGUUUAAGGAUUAUUCAGUCAAAUAAAAAUUCGUAUCA